AUGUCAUCUAAAGGUCAUGAGAGUUAUACCUACGAGUUCUGUGACACCACCCAUCCAUCUGAAGUCAUAGGUGCUCUUCAUGACUUCUAUACCAGUGGUCUUUUCACUGACAUUACUCUGCAGUGCUCCACAGGGCAGGUCUUCCACUGUCACAAAGCUGUACUGUCAGCCCGCAGUUCAUACUUCAAAAUCAUGUUCACUCUGGAUAUGAGGGAGCGUUCUAAUGACCUCAUAAACCUGGCCGGUAUAGAGGAAGAUAUCUUAAAUGCUUUGGUAAACUACGUAUACACCUCCAGGUUGACAGUUACCCAGACCAACGUGGAAAGCUUGCUGGAGGCCGCAGACUUGCUCCAAUUUUGCUCUGUCAAAAAGGCUUGCGAGAAAUUUCUGAUCCGGCUCUUAGAUAUCGAUAACUGCCUAGGUAUGCACGCUUUUGCCGAACUGCACACCUGCCCAGAGCUGGAACGCGACGCACGGAGAAUGAUCCUCAGCAGGUUUGAGGAACUCAUCCCACAUGACGAGUUUCUAGCGCUCGACCUCAAAACUCUCACUUCCAUCCUGUCUGCUCACAACCUCAAUACGUGGAGAGACGACGUGCUGCUGGAGGCUGUGGUCAGGUGGGUUACCGAUGACAUAGCUGUUCGGCUAGACCACGUUCAGGAUCUGCUCCGUUGCAUCCAGCUGGAGGUGGACGAAAUGUAUCUGGGAACCACUUUACAGGUGUACAGAGAGAGCUCACGGUGCAGUGAAAACAAACUGCGUUCUCUUAUAAUACAUUCUUUAAAAUCCGACAACAAGGAGCUCUCCCUUAGCUGCAAAAGGUCCACUUCCAGCAUGUAUGUCAUUGGUGGGUAUUAUUGGCACCCAUUGUCUGAAGUUCACAUAUGGGACCCUGUCUCUGACACGUGGACUCAAGGGAAAGACAUGCCUGAUUAUGCCAGAGAGAGCUACAGUGUCUCUCUGCUUGGACCUAAUGUCUAUGUAACUGGAGGUUACAAAUCACAGACCGUGGAAGCCUUAGACACAGUGUGGAUUUAUAAUACUGACCAGGAUGAGUGGACAGAAGGUUGCCCCAUGCUCACUGCCAGGUACUACCACUGUUCAGUGGCCUUAAAUGGGUGCAUAUAUGUCAUAGGCGGGUACAGAGGGGGUGCCCCAGCUCGUGAAACAGAAUUCUACGACCCUCUAAAAGAGGAAUGGUUUCCUAUCGCUGAUUUGAUACAAGGUGUGGGGAAUGCAACUGCGUGUGUCUUAAAUGAUAAAAUCUAUCUGAUCGGAGGGCAUUAUGGCUACAGAGGGACCUGCACCUAUGAGAAAAUCCAGACCUACAGGGCAGAUCUGAAUGAGUGGAGCAUCACAACAGUGAGUCCUCAUCCGGAGUACGGCCUUUGUUCUGUUGCACUGAACAACAAACUAUACCUGGUGGGAGGACAGACGACCAUCACAGACUGCUACGACCCCGAGAGGGAUGAAUGGACGCAGAUGAGCGUGAUGAAGGAGAGAAGAAUGGAGUGCAGUGCCGUGGUAAUACACGGCUGCAUCUACGUGGCUGGAGGUUACUCUUAUUCCAAGGGAACGUAUCUGCAGAGCGUUGAGCGGUAUGACCCCGAGUCGGACUCGUGGGAGAUCGCGGGGAAUCUUCCCACUGCGACUAGAUCCCACGGAUGCGUUUGUGUCCAGAGUGUGUAG